AUGUCGUCUCGUGCAUUGCCAGAGCUCGAGCCCAUCUGCACCGGCAUGCGGGCCAAUGACGCCGCCGUCGACUACUGCUCAUCUGACGACGGCGACUCACUGCAGACACCGCUGCAGGACAUCGUUCCUGCCCAAUUACCUCGCGUCGCAGAUCCUGCGAAGUUACCGUUCUCUCCCACUUACCAGGACUUCGCACCGCCAGCGAUGCCCUCAUCAUGCAGCGCGCCCGCAGCGCUCUGCGUCACUGACAGCGGUCUCAACCUACACAUGCCUUAUGAUGCGAUACCUUCUCCUUCCUCCUCCACACUCUUCUCUCCGUCUCAUUCACCGCCUACAAUGUCUUCUCGCCCGUCGUCUCCCGUCUAUGCCCACCACCUGUCCCCACGUUUUCCUCGCAACCACAUUCUGGACCCGGAGUUCACGCGCUGGUAUCAUCUCUGCGAUGAACUUGGCGCGGGUGGUUAUGGCUUUGUCAUGACGGCCACGCAUCGCUUCGGUGGACACGAGGUCGCGGUCAAAUUCAUCAUCAAGGACAAGGUCCCCGACCACGCUUGGAUGGAGGAUUCGAGAGGGCGAGCCCUGCCGACCGAGGCCCUUCUUCUCGGUUUGCUUCAACACCCGAACAUCGUGCGGUGCCAUGAUUUGUUCGAAGACGACGUGUACUUCUACCUUGUUCAAGAGCUGCAUGGAUCGCCAUGGGUAGCCAAGACGAAAGCAUCGGCGCCUGUCUCGCCGUCAGCUAUCUCCACCCCCGCGCUCACGCCUUCGCCGUCCAUUUCCUCCGAGAUGUCUUCCACGCCACCGCCACCUGCUUCACCCGAAAUAGUCCGCAUAGCGUCGAGCAGCUCUUCAGCAUCAUUACCAAGCUCUCAUCAGCCUGCUCCCAAGGCUUCGUUACACCUCGAGCCUACUCGACCGACAUUCACUCGCAGGCCUUCGCACGACCUUUUCGAGUGCAUCGAGCAAUCACGGCACAAGAGGCUCUCUGAGUCCCAGGCGCGAUUCGUCUUCGCACAAGUCGUUGAUGCAGUCGCAUACCUCGACACGCAGGGAGUGACCCACUGCGACAUCAAAGACGAGAACAUUCUUGUCGACUCGCAGCUCAACGUCAAGCUAGUCGACUUCGGUAGCGCAGUCGUGGUCGAUCCCAAAGAGCCGCGACCUUACUACACGGUCUUCUUUGGCACCACUGCGUACGCUGCGAGCGAGGUGCUCAGGAAGAAACCCUAUCGGGCCCCACCUGCAGAGGUCUGGACCCUGGGCGUGCUUCUUUCAUACCUCCUCACGGGCAUGUCUCCGUUCCCCACCGAGCGCGACGCGAUCGCCGGGCGUAUCGUCUUACACGAGAAGGACGGACCCGGCUCGUGGGUAACGGUUGAGGCGGAAGAUCUCAUGUUCCGCUGUCUUGACCCCAACCCAGACGAGCGUGCGGUCAUAGCAGAGAUAGUCUCGCAUCCGUGGCUUCGUGGUGCAUACGAUCUUUCGCUGCGCGAACGUUCGCUAUCCUGA